GAAUGAGUGUGUGUUUGGGAGAGAGAGAGACAGGGAGAGAGAUGAAAGUGGAGAACGAGCUGUAAACAUUUUAGGCUGGAGACAAGAGGAGAGACAGGAGGAGGGAUUGCCCUAACUUUGUGCUUUUUCUUUUUCAAACUUUUUGUGCACUUGGAGCUGUGCUUUUCUCUCUCUCUCUCUCUCUCUCUCUCUUUCUCUUUCUUUUUUUCUGUGUGUGUGUGGGAGGUACAGGCAGGGGCUAUGCAGAGUGAAAGAAGUCGGAGGCAGGGGUAGGGGUGUAUAAACGGUGGAAGGAGAAAGAGGGGAAAAAGGCAAAUUGCUCUGAAGAAAGGAAACCAUGCGAGUGGAUGCUGUCUUCUUCAGGCUCAGAUUACACAAAAUGAGAAACUACUCCAAGAGCACUUCAACAGGGCUCAUCCAGCUAAGAAAGGAUGCCAGCUGCUAGCACCAUGACUGGUGGGAGGGCCCUGCUGCUCUGUACGAACACUGACAACUGUAUCUACCAAUCAGUCAACGGGCUUCAGUGCUGUGGCUUGAAGGUUGGGGAGGCUCCGUCGUCUGCGGUGUCCCAGCGCCAAGAGGUGUGCGGACCACCUGGGGACAGAGACAGGAGGGACACUGCUGUGGCGCCCAAGCGUCCCCUCUCCCCCCUGCUCAGCCUGAGCGACAGCCUGGGAACCCCUGGCACCAUGCUGGCUCACAAGAGAGCUGCCACCACGGACCAGCAGGCCCCCACCAUGGAGAACGGACUGUGUAGCAAGUUGAACAACAAGAGCCCAGCGGGAGGCAAGACGGCCAGCAUCCGGGAUAAGAUCUCACAAUGGGAGGGCAAGAAAGAGUUGGCCCCCCUAACCUCUACAGGAAUGUAUCCACUGACCACAAUGCAGAAGGAGGUUGAGACAGUGAGGAAAAAGGAAUCCAAAGCCUCAGAGGUCCAAAGGACAGACAGCAAGAGGUUUGUCAGCUGGGAGAGGCAGGACUCAGGGAAGGAGAAUGUAGGAAAGCUGGUGGAUUCAAGGCCUAAAUCUCCAGAGGGCUCAUCAAACAGAGACAGAGAAGUUAUCCUGGAGAGGGGGCUUCGGGGCGCUAAGACAACAGAACAGCCCCAGGACAAGAAAUCUGUUUUAACUCAUAUUAAAAAACUGGAGCAGGCAAUGAAGGAGGUUCCUGACAAACCAUCACUGGCAUUCCCAGGGAAUUAUUUCUGCCCUCCUUCAAAAGAGGAGCUGGAGGAAACAGAAAAAAGGGCCAACGAGCCCAUUUUUGGAACUUUCGAUGUGGUUUGGCCUGGCGGGUCACGUAGGAGGAGGGAGGGGGAUCCAGAAAAUGUAUACAGUGAGCCUGGUGCUCCAUCAAUAAACCCUUUACCCAAACCUCAAAGAACCUUCCAGCACCACACACCACCCAGUACCCCAGCCUCAGGGCCCGGCUCGGGGAAGGGCAAGAGGAACUUGCCCCCUCUGCCUUCCAUUCCCCCACCACCACUACCUACCUGCCCACCCCCAGGAGUCUGCAGGAGACCCUGGGCUGACAAACCUCGGGACAGCAGUAACAGGAAGUCCUACGAGUUUGAGGACCUACUCCAGUCGUCUGCAGAGGGCUGCAGGGUGGACUGGUACGCUCAGUCCAGACUGGGCCUCACACGCACUUUAUCAGAGGAGAAUGUCUAUGAGGACAUACUAGACCCUCCAUCCAAGGAGAACCCUUAUGAAGACAUCGAGCUGGAGAAAAGUUGUCUUGGAAGCAAAUGUGUUUCGCCUGUUUCCUCAUCCCCGGCCUCUGACACUCCAACUAAGCAAUCCUUAAAGCCUGGUUUCUUCAGACAGAACUCAGAGCGUCGAAGCUUCAAGCUCCUGGAACUGCGCAAGACUGGCCGGGAUACCGGCAUCUCCUCACCCUCCCGUAUCAGCCCCCCCUCCACACCCAGCAGCCCUGACGAUACCCCCUGUCUGUCUGGAGACCCUUACAACCGCAGACGGAGGAAAAUCCCAAAGAUGGUGCUGAAAAUCAAUGGCAUUUUCGAGGCACGGAGAGGGAAGAAACGCAUGAAGCGGGUUUCUCAGUCUACUGAGUCCAGCUCAGGGAGAGUGACAGAUGAGAACAGUGAGUCGGAGAGUGACACGGAGGAGAAACUAAAAGCUCACAGCCAGCGCCUGGUGUCAGUCCAGUCCAUGCUGAGACAGGCAGGACGGUAUCGCACCUUGGAGCGGGAUCUAAUGGAGCUGCAGGAGAGGAAACUCUUUGAGUAUUUCAUAGUCGUUGCGCUCCACAAGACCAAGGCCGGAGUUCCCUACCUGCCUGAGGUCACACAGCAGUUUCCUCUCAAGCUGGAGAGGAGCUUCAAGUUUAUGCGGGAAACAGAGGACCAGCUAAAGGUUAUCCCUCAGUUCUGCUUCCCUGAUGCUAAAGACUGGGCGCCUGUGGACAACUUCCCCAGUGAGACGUUCUCAUUUGUCCUGACUGGUGAGGAUGGGAGCAGGCGUUUUGGUUACUGUCGGCGUUUAUUGCCCAGCGGUAAAGGCCGGAGGCUUCCUGAGGUUUACUGCAUCGUCAGCCGCCUGGGCUGCUUCGACCUCUUCUCCAAGAUCCUGGAUGAAGUGGAGAAGAGGAGAGCUAUCUCCCCUGCACUGGUGCAGCCCUUCAUGAGGGGCAUCAUGGAAGCUCCCUUCCCUGCUCCGGGAAGGACCAUCACCGUCAAAAACUUUUUACCUGGCUCUGGGACUGAGGUGAUAGAACUGUGUCGGCCAUCUGACUCCCGUCUGGAACAUGUGGACUUUGAAUGUCUCUUCUCUUCUUUGAGUCUGCGUCUCCUUCUCCGGGUAUUUGCCUCCUUAUUGCUGGAGCGCAGGGUUAUCUUCACUGCUGACAAACUGAGCACAUUGUCUCAGUGCUGUCAUGCAGUGGUAGCUCUCCUCUACCCCUUCACCUGGCAGCACACCUACAUCCCUGUACUACCGCCCUCCAUGUUGGAUAUAGUCUGCACACCUACGCCUUUCAUUGUCGGCCUGCUCUCAAGCUCUCUGCCUCGACUCAAAGAGCUGCCCAUAGAAGAGGUCCUAGUGGUCGACCUCGGCAACAGCCGCUUCCUGCGACAGCUGGAUGAUGAAGACUCCAUUCUUCCCCACAAGCUUCAGGCUGCUCUGGAGCACGUGCUGGACAAGAGGAGGGAGCUGGCUUGUGAAAAAGCAGAUCUUCCCAAUGACUCCUGCUCCCUCAGCAUGGCGGUGUCAGAGGCCUUUGUGCGUUUCUUUGUGGAGAUGGUGGGUCACUACUCCCUCUUCAUGGGUGGAGCAGAGCGGGAGGAUGACUCGUCUGUCUCAUCUCCCUCCACACCCAGCCCAUCCUCCUCCGCUUCCUCCUCCUUCCAACGGGAGGCUUUCCGCAAGGCAGUGACCUCCAAGAGUCUGAGGAGGUUCCUGGAGGUGUUUAUGGAGACGCAGAUGUUCACCGGUUUCAUCCAGGAGCGGGAACUGCGCAGGCAGGGACUCAGAGGUUUGUUUGAGGUGAGGGCACAAGAGUAUCUGGACUCGCUGCCUGGGAGCGAGCAACGAGGAGUCAACAAGUUCCUCAAGGGGCUAGGAAACAAGAUGAAAUUCCUGUCCAAAAAAUGAUACUCGUAAAUAAUGAUUGUUUUGGUGGAAACGAAGCAUGGAGGGUCGUGCAGAAGAAGAGGACACACUCUCUGGACUUGGAUGUCUCAAACCUGCUCCAGAGCAUAGAUGUGGAGAUGUGUGUGUGCCACAUGGAGGGCAGACCCUUAACCAGACUGGACUGACCAUUUAUGAGGAUAAGGGAUUCUGGGGAAUUAGGGUUUUGCUCCCCGUUUCACUAGCCAGCCACUCUGGACUCCUUCCAUUUGUGUGGUUUGUGGGCGUUGUGCAUCUUGGAGCAAAAAUACCUUCCCACAUAAUAAGACACCAAGGACCAUCUGAAAACAAUGUCUUGUUACACUCUCGUCAAGGCCCUGAUGUUUGGUGAGAGUGUACAUUAUUGUAUAGCACAGUGUGAAUCCACGUGGAACAGAGUUUUCUCUCUUUCUGUCACUGACUUCACUCAUAAAAUCUAAAAUGCACCGAUGAGGACCGUCACUGAGGAUGCUGUCCUCCAACCGAAUGACAGAUUCAGUUUUGUACAGUACUUUAUCCAUUCCAAGUAUUUCCUGUAGAAACUUUAAAAUAAAUACAGUAGUACAACUUCUUCUUCAACAGGAGGCUUUUAAGUUAAUUUAUAUUCUUUUUAGACAAAUUUAAUCUCUCUCUCUCUCUUUUCUGCCGAAUGAGUGCAAAAAAUCUCCUGUAGUUUGUAAUAGGCUUUAUUUAACAGAGUCUAGUUCAGACUGUUUGUAGACCGUUUUGAGCUGUCGGGUGUAUGUACCACUGUUUUAAGUAAAAAAAA